GCCCAGCAGUUGAAGCCCUACACAAGCUAAAAAGAACACUUCCUCAUUGAUUUGAGCAAAACCCAAAAACAAAACUAUAAUUAAUCUUUUAUUUUUUUCUCAGAAAGAAAAUAACACUAAAAUUAUUUCGUUUCUGCUCAAAUGAAAGUGAUAAACAGCAAAUUAAGCCAUGUUUUCUUAUGAUAAAACACUGAUAUUCUGAAGUGAUCUUCGAACUUGAGGGACAUACCUGAAACAUUGCACUGGAAAUAUACUUCAAUCAGGAUUGAAAGAAAAAAAGAAAUAAGAUAACACAAGAAACAAUACAAAUAGCUUUAAAUACAGCAUUUUCAUUAUAGAAGGAAACUUAAUAUGACUGCUGUAAGUAGUUUUCCAUCUCGAAGUAUAAACCUGGGCAAACGUGGGCCUUCGCAGCAACUCACAGGGCAAAUAACUUAUUUCGAUGUUAACAAUGAGGGAGUCGUUCUUGAUGCUAAUCUUGUCUGCUUAAAAGAAAAACGUCGAGGAGAUGGAUCAGGUAUGUUCCCGUUACUGGGUGGAAUCCUUGAGGAAAGUCAAGAAACCAACUAUCUGCCAGGAUUUAGACCCUUUACAGAGAAGAUCAACAUAAGAAAUACAUCAGAAACUACCGGCCCAUUAGUGUUACCCAAGAAAACAAAAGUGAAGCGGAGCUGCGCAGGACUUUUACAACUUUCGAAAGAACUAAAGCGCAAAAGUCUAGUUUCCAGCAGAGUUAAAGUGAAGAAAGAAACCAUUCCAAUGAGACAACGAAUUUUCCCUGUGUCGUUUUGGCAGCAACCGAACCGAACACCUCAAGCGUCUCCAGUAGACAUCUAUACCAUUCUGCCACCAUUGGAAAAUCGCCACUCAGACGAGACUGUUACAGGAAUUCUUCAAAUGAUUCAAUCCUCAACAAGAACACAGGAUAUGAAGCCCGCAGAAACGAAAUAUAAAGUGUUCGAAUCUGAAAAAGCUGCAUAUUUUAUGGAGAAAAUGUUUUCGGUGCUUAAACCGGAUAAAAAUAAUAUGAAACGAAAAACUAAGAAAUCUUUGGUACAAAAAAGUGAUAGCCCUGAUUUAUUGAAUGGAAACGAUCCUUUCUUGGUGGAAAACAUCACAGAGAAGUUCCUGCCACUGAGUCUCAAUGAAAGGAACACGAUUCAGUCGUAUGAAGAUGCACCUAUCAAGUUUCAGUACAUUCCUCUGGAAAGAGAAACGGAGCCAACACUUUACCUCCCCAGCAUGGUGCAGGAUCGGAACUACUCAAAAAUUCUUUCGAAAAUUGUCGAAAUGAUUUAAUGUUGCUUUUUGUGAAUUUAUUUGUUUAUUGAUUGAUUUUGUUAUUUUGUUUCCCCGACCCCGACUUGACGAUGUUGUAAUUUAGAAAAUAGACAAAUGACAAUAUUAACAUAGAUAUACGACAAUAUGUCGUUACUUACGCAAACAUUUGCAAUGUAAUAUAUAUAUAUAUAUAUAUAUAUAUAUAUAUAUAUAUAUAUUAUAUAUAUAUAUAUAUAUAUAUGCAUAUAUAUAUAUGUAUAUAUAUUUAUGUUUUUUUUGCAGCAAAUAUGUAUUUAAAAAUUCCUCAUAUAUUUAGUUAUGGGCGAGUUAGGAAAACAAUUGGACGACUAAAUGUUAUAAAAUAUUUAGUUUCGCCUCUUAUGUACUGAAUGAAAUGAAAUCUUGUCCGAAUUGAUAGAAUAAGAACUAGUUGUAUAGUAGGUUCGAUUCUAUCAAUGAUACUUCCAUUGGUGACUAAUUGGAUACUACAUUGUGACUAAAAUAUGAAGACAACAAUUAUUUAAGACUAUUCCGAAGACAUCUCCGAUCGAAAAUUAUUGGUUGAUUCUACGAACAGGACAGAAUAAAUGACAUUUUGACUUGCAGAAUAUAUUUUCAAGCAAACAUUAGACAUUAAAAUGUUUUUUUUUAAUAAUCUAUUUUAAACAAACGACAAAGACAGCAGACCUUAUCACCAAAGAAAGUUUUUUACAAAUUUUAUUUGGUCAUAUUUUUUUCCCUUCAAAGAAUUAGAAUUUGACUGAGAUAUCUAAUUUGUUUAUAUGAGAGACGAGUAACUACUUACGCAUAUAUAUACAUACAUACAUAAA